GACAAACAGAAAGAAUCGUAGUUGUGGUGUGCUGAGCCGGGCUGAUCGACUGUCCCAUCGUUCGCCAACAAUCUCAGAACACAUCAAGAAUGUCGGAAACGGCAGGAAAGACCAUCACCUGCAAGGCCGCCAUCGCCUGGGGCCCUGGUCAGGAACUCAGCUACGAGGAUGUCGAGGUGGCACCGCCCAAAGCCCACGAGGUGCGCAUCAAGAUCCAUUAUACCGGCGUCUGCCACACAGAUGCCUACACACUUUCCGGCAAGGACCCCGAGGGCGCAUUCCCCGUCAUCCUGGGCCAUGAAGGCGCCGGCAUCGUCGAGUCGGUCGGCGAGGGCGUAACCAACGUCAAGCCGGGCGAUCACGUCGUGGCACUCUACACUCCCGAGUGCAAGGAGUGCAAAUUCUGCAAGUCCAACAAGACCAACCUCUGCGGCAAGAUCCGCGCGACGCAGGGCAAGGGCGUCAUGCCCGACGGCACGAGCCGCUUCCGCGCCCGCGGCCAGGACAUCCUGCACUUCAUGGGCACCUCCACCUUCAGCCAGUACACGGUCGUGGCCGACAUCUCAGUCGUCGCCGUGCAGCAGGACGCGCCCAUGGAUCGCACCUGCCUGCUGGGCUGCGGCAUCACGACGGGGUACGGCGCCGCGCGCAUCACGGCCAACGUCGAAAAGGGCAGCAACGUGGCCGUCUUUGGCGCCGGCUGCGUCGGGCUGAGCGUGGUGCAGGGCGCCGUCGCGCAGGGGGCCGGCAAGAUCAUCGUGGUGGACGUCAACCCGGCCAAGGAGGAGUGGGCGCGCCAGUUUGGCGCCACCGACUUUGUCAACCCGGCCCGGCUCGCCGAGGGCCAGAGCGUCGUCGACAAGCUCAUCGAGAUGACGGACGGCGGGUGCGACUACACGUUUGACUGCACGGGUAAUGUCCAGGUCAUGCGCGCGGCCCUCGAGGCCUGCCACAAGGGCUGGGGUCAGAGCAUCAUCAUUGGCGUUGCGGCGGCCGGGCAGGAGAUUUCGACGAGGCCAUUCCAACUCGUCACCGGCCGCGUCUGGAAAGGCAGCGCGUUCGGCGGCGUCAAGGGCCGCAGCCAGCUGCCCGACCUCGUCACCGAUUACCUCGAGGGCCGCCUCAAGGUGGACGAGUUCAUCACGCACCGCAAGACGCUGGCCGAGAUCAACGACGCCUUCGAGGUCAUGAAGCAGGGCGACUGCAUCCGCGCCGUGCUGGACAUGGAGUAAUGUCUUAGAGGAGUGAGACUGAGCAUAGCUUGUACAUUCUGGUAAGGUAGCGAAUGGACAAAAAUGACUGGAACCUUGAAAGUCGCAUAUCGUAACCGCAUUUCCCAACCCGAGGUUGGGGUGUGAGAUACCCGCAGUAGGCGUACCGUUUU